GGAGAAAGAUCUCGACGAGGUCCUGCAGACACACACGGUGUUUGUCAAUGUUUCCAAAGGCCAGGUGGCAAAGAAGGAAGAUCUUGUCCAAGCAUUUGGGACCGAUGACCAAACAGAAAUCUGUAAGAUGAUUUUAUCCAAAGGGGAGCUGCAGGUCUCAGACAAAGAACGACAGACGCAGCUGGAGCAGAUGUUCAGAGACAUCGCGACUAUCGUGGCUGACAAAUGUGUGAAUCCUGAAACAAAGAGGCCCUACACAGUCAUCCUCAUCGAGCGAGCCAUGAAGGACAUCCACUACUCAGUCAAGCCACACAAGAGCACAAAGCAGCAGGCUCUGGAAGUGAUCAGGCAGCUAAAGGAGACCAUGCAGAUUGAACGGGCUCACAUGAGGCUGCGAUUCAUCCUUCCAGUAAAGGAGGGGAAGAAACUGAAAGAGAGGCUGAAGCCACUGAUUAAAGUUAUUGAGAGUGAAGAUUUCCACGAGCAGUUGGAAAUGGUGUGCCUUAUCGACCCCGGGUGCUUCAGAGAGAUCGACGAGCUGAUCCGCAGCGAGACGAAGGGGAAGGGAACUCUGGAAGUGCUCAGCCUGAAGGACGUGGAGGAAGGAGAUGAAAAGCUGGAGUAACCAAAACCUCCCUGCAGCAGUUCUGCUGUAACAACAUCCCCUGCAAUGAUGGCGUUAGCCACUCUCUUCUGUUAGGUCUUCAUCUUUGCUCCAGUCCCUGCUGCCAAAUAUUUUCUGACACUAAUCCUUUGGGAUUUCUCCAUGCGGUGUGGGGUGUGGUUUUUUUUAAUCAUUUUACACUUGCUUGGUUUACAGCUGUCUCUGCCUGUAGGAACGUUUUGUGUC